UUCCACAGGAGAUUUUUUGUUUAAAAUAGAAUCAAAAUUACAUUUUAAUUAUAGGUUUUGUUUCCAUUAAAAGUCCUUUAUCAUGUAAUCUAAUCUCGAAUCAAACCUGCAUUCCUGCACGUCUGAGGUGCACUUUUACGAGUAUGUGUUGGUGUGAUUGUGCGCACGCGGGGUCACUUUCUCUCGCAGGAAUGAUCGCUUUCUGGGAUUUUCCGGACCGUCAUUUCGACGUCGCUGACGCCCCCUUGUGGGCGGUAUGAGCGUGACACCAUAGCGGUCAACACGUUUUAACAUCGCACGAAAUACUUCUCUUUCGCACUCGCUGUCGUUAUCCGCUUGUCCUGUGGCUCGCGGAGAAUAUUAAAUAAUAAUGCUUUUUAAAUAUUACUCCAUCAUGAAAAGACAGACUAGGCGUUUGAAGUGAAAUUUUAUAUAUUCAUUAGCAUAGAUUACGUGAAUCUUAAUGCUGUCACAAAGCUUUUGCUGUGUGUGUGUUUGAGAGAGAACUGCCACCUUUUGCACUCAGAAGCUGCAGACUCGAAUCCCUUCUCUUACUGUUGUACCCUUGAUUGAGUUACUUACCCUCAAUUAUCGUAGCAAAAAUUAUAAAUCAAAUUGUAAGUCACUUUGGAGAAAAGUGUCAGCUAAUGAAAUAAAUGUAAAUUUUUAUGCAUCAAUGUGCAUUUCCACCUUGGAUUGGGUUGUGUGGGUGUGCAUGUUUGUGUCAGCCUGUGUAUGUAUCUUCCCGCCACUGGAAUAUGAGUGUGUGUUCCUGUACCACCCAGUGCCAUGAGUGUGUACCUGUCCCAGUGGAGUGGAGGACAGCCCUGAAGCCUAGUCAACCUCCAGCAUAGUUGUCAAGACCCAGGGAGGCACAAGCUGCAUGUGCCAGAGUACUGCUCUGUCCACUGAUCCCACAAUAUCUACAUCCGGUGGCAAUCUAGGCUUCGUUAAAAACCCCAGCACAUCAGUAAUGAGGCCUGAUCACGUCAUUUGCACAUUGGACAGCUGAGACAAAUGUGGGGGUCAUGCAGCCUUUGACCAGAACUCAUGGCACCGCUUACUUACUGCACCUCCAUCUGUUUCAGGGUAACUCAAAACUGACCGUCUCCCUCCAGUGGAUGGCGGAAGAACUGAAAGGGAAUUAAACUGCAAGGAAAAAGAAAGUCACAUGAAGGAUCAGGAUGUCAUCACCAUCUGCAACUCCCACUAAGGGCAAGCGCACCCGAGGCAGUAAUCCACCUACGCCUUGGAGCGAGGAUGCGUUGACCCCGCCCUCCAGGCGCCGCAGAACUGAUGACGCCUCCACCAGUGAUCUGCAGCCCAUGCCAACCUCUCCGGUCACAGACAUGCGCAGUCCUGCAGUCCAGGACACCUCUCUCUUUUCUAGCCCCGCGCAGUCACGUCAUUCAGCUCCCCUGAAUGAGAUAGAUAUGAGCUCACCGUUGACAUAUGGCACCCCCAGUUCGAGGGUGGAGGGUACCCCUCGCAGUGGGUUGCGUGGGACCCCAGUCCGCCAGAGACCUGACCUUGGCUCGGUCAGAAAGGCGCGGCAGGUGGACCUGCAUUCAGACCACGCCAAUGGUCCUGAAGCACCAGCUAGUGAGCACUCUGUGGGCCAGAAGCUUGUGAUCUGGGGCACUGAUGUCAACGUGGGAACCUGCAAAGAGAAGUUUCAGAGAUUCCUGCAGCGCUUCAUCGACCCCAGCUCCACAGAUGAUGAGAAUGCUGGAUUGGACCUGAAUGAACCCCUCUAUAUGCAGAAACUGGAGGAGAUCAAUGUUGUUGGGGAUCCUGUGCUGAAUGUCAACUGUGAACACCUGCAGUCAUUUGAUGCAGAUCUGUACAGGCAGCUCAUCGCCUAUCCCCAGGAAGUUAUUCCCACUUUUGACAUGGCUGUGAACGAACUCUUCUUUGAGCGUUUUCCCGAUUCAGUUAUAGAACAUCAGAUCCAAGUGCGACCCUAUAAUGCUCUCAAAACGAGGAACAUGAGAAACCUUAACCCCGAAGAUAUCGAUCAGCUGAUUACCAUCAGUGGUAUGGUGAUCCGGACCUCCCAGCUUAUCCCAGAGAUGCAGGAGGCGUUUUUCCGGUGCCAGGUUUGUGCUUUCUCCACGAGGGUGGAAGUGGACCGCGGGCGCAUUGCGGAACCAGCUGUGUGCCGCAACUGUAACACGACCCACAGCAUGGCUCUUAUACACAACCGCUCCAUCUUCUCAGACAAGCAAAUGAUCAAGCUGCAGGAGUCACCUGAGGACAUGCCUGCUGGACAGACGCCACACACCACAGUGGUGUAUGCCCAUAAUGACCUGGUCGACAAAGUACAGCCUGGAGACCGAGUCAACAUCACAGGAAUAUACAGGGCCGUGCCCAUUCGGCUGAACCCUCGGCAGAGCAAUGUAAAGUCGGUCUACAAGACCCACAUAGAUGCCAUCCACUUCCGCAAGACACAUGAGAAACGGCUGCAUGGCCUGGAUGAGGAGGCAGAGGAGAAGCUGUUCACAGAGGAGAGAGUUCGCACCCUGCGGGAGCUGGCAGCUAAACCUGAUGUCUAUGAGCGACUGUCCUCUGCACUUGCACCCAGCAUCUAUGAACAUGAGGACAUCAAAAAGGGUAUCCUGCUGCAGCUGUUUGGAGGUACACGGAAGGACUUUAGCCAGACUGGCCGGGGGGGCUUCCGGGCUGAGAUCAACAUCCUCCUAUGUGGUGACCCUGGUACUAGCAAAUCCCAGUUACUGCAGUAUGUCUACAACCUGGUGCCACGUGGUCAGUACACAUCAGGCAAGGGCUCCAGUGCAGUGGGCUUAACUGCCUACGUCAUGAAGGAUCCCGAGACACGGCAGCUGGUCCUGCAGACUGGUGCCCUGGUGCUCAGCGACAAUGGCAUCUGCUGCAUUGAUGAAUUUGACAAGAUGAGCGAUAGCACACGCUCGGUGCUUCAUGAGGUCAUGGAGCAGCAGACCCUCUCUAUUGCUAAGGCUGGGAUCAUUUGUCAGCUUAAUGCUCGGACCUCUGUUUUGGCAGCAGCCAACCCAGUAGAGUCUCAGUGGAACCCCAAGAAGACCACCAUUGAGAACAUCCAGCUCCCACAUACACUGCUGUCCAGAUUUGAUCUCAUCUUCCUGAUGCUGGAUCCCCAAGAUGAGGCUUAUGACCGCCGCCUUGCCCACCAUUUGGUGUCUCUGUAUUACCAAAGUGAAGAGCAGCUGGAGGAGGAGUUCUUGGACAUGGCCAUGCUCAAAGACUAUGUAGCUUACGCUCGCUCCUACAUAGAGCCCCGACUGAGUGAAGAAGCCAGUCAGGCACUGAUCAAGGCUUAUGUGGACAUGAGGAAGAUUGGCAGCGGGCGAGGCAUGGUCUCAGCCUACCCUCGGCAGCUGGAGUCUCUUAUCAGGCUCGCAGAAGCUCAUGCCAAGGUGCGCUUCUCGGACAAGGUGGAGACCAUCGACGUGGAGGAGGCAAAACGACUGCACCGUGAAGCUUUGAAGCAGUCGGCCACUGACCCCAGGACUGGAUUUGUGGACAUAUCCAUUCUGACAACAGGAAUGAGUGCCACAGCCCGAAAGCGCAAAGAGGAGCUCGCACAGGCCCUGAAACGGCUGAUACAGUCCAAAGGGAAAGUCCCCACUAUGAAGUACCAGCAGCUUUUUGAUGAUCUUCGUGCACAGUCUGAUGUUGCUAUAACAAAGGACAUGUUUGAGGAGGCCCUGCAAGCCCUGACAGAUGAGGACUACCUGACAGUCACGGGAAAGACAGUGCGCUUGCUGUAGCAACACCCUGCUUUUGUGGAUCAGUACUCUCCUUUGUGCCUUUGCACUGCCUCAGUUUUGAUACUUUUUUUCCUGCCAGAUUGUUAUUCCUAAAGUAUGCUGUUUGGUGAAAGUAUUCUUGAAUUGUGGAGAUAAGGAAAGUUUUGCAAUAAACACCUAGGUUCCUUCUGCUGUAGAAUGUCUUUUUUUUAUUAUUAAAAUAAAUAAUGCAUUCUAACAGGAACCCAAUAGUGAUUGUAAUGAACUCUUAUGGCUCUGCUCAACCUGCCUUUUUGUUAGCCAGAAAUGCCAUCCUCUCUUCCCACUGUAGUUAU